CUUGUAGAGAGGUCGGUUCCUCAGCAAAGGUGUCGACUGGGUCAAAGUCGAUGCCAAGCACUCCAAUUUUGACUGAUGAGGAGCUAAAAGAUCUCUCUCAAGAUGGCAAAUGGCUGCAUUAUUGUGCAUCUCGCAUAAGUGAGGAGGACCCAAUCAUGUUGCCCCUACUGAAGGAGCAAUACUGCUUUUCAGAAGACCCGUAUGUAAUUAUUGGUCCUAGUGACAUCGGGCAAUUUUUGAGAGGAGAGAUGCUGAACGUAGCUCUUUUCCAUGUCUACAUGAGUGUGGUUUACGAGGAGGUAAAUUCUUGCGAACCUCCAAUAAAAAUUGGAUGGUUUUGUCCGGAGACGAUUUCGGGUAGUAAAUGUAGAAAUGAUCCAGAUGUCGUCAGAGCAUACAUUGAGACUGCUUUGACUAAUUCCCUUACAUCUAAACACACAUUCAUUCUGGCUCCAUAUUGGGAAGAUUUGCAUUGGAUACUUUUGAUCAUAUGUCCUUUAACGAACACCGUGCACGUCUUCGACUCAUUACAAAAACCUAACAAUCCACCUCGCAACACAAGAUUCAAAGCAUUUUUGAAUGUCGCAAUGAAAAGACUGCGUGGACAAUGGGAUCUACAUCCAGAGCCACAUUUCCAAAAUGGAUAGCAAGAAAGGUACACAAAUUCGAUAAUAAUAGGUAUUAUUUAUCGUAUUAUUUAUGGGUUUUUAAGCGUUUUUGUCAAUUUCGCGCGUAAAGUAGGUCAAACAUGGUUUGUUAUGCACGAAACUUGGCACACAACACUAUUUGGCAUAUAUUAUUGUGUUGAAAUGGUUAGAAUUGAUAAUAAUAGCCAUAUGCUAGAAAUUAGAAGUUAAGUUGCGAAUUUAGACGUUUUUAAGUGUUUUUGUGAAUUUCGCGCGUAAAGUAGGUCAAACAUGGUUUGUUAUGCACGAAA